AUGCCGCUGACACUUGUUGGUUUAAUACCCCCGACUGGUCUAAGCCUAUACAGAGAUAAUUGGAUCCAGAAGUUUCCCCAGGCAGAGAUUAAUGCCCAGAGAUUAAAGACAACACAAAUGUCAUCUCCUUCUACUCCUGUGCAGCAAUUUAUAGGGGCAUUACAUCACUGUUGGAGUUUAGGAUGUAUCCUAAAGAGACAUGAUAGUACCCUCCCUGGACAAGAAGCAAGCAUUUCCCACUUGCCACAUCCUAAAUGGUAUUGCUCAUUCUACCAGGAAUUUAACUUUGAGAUGGAGAACUCAUAUUUUGAAGACAACAUAGUGAAAGAAAAGUUUGCCAUGAUAACACCAGAUGUCCAAAUUGAAGACGGGAAAGGAACAAUACUGAUAUCUUCAGAAGAGGGGGAGACAGAAGCUAAUAAUCACAAGAAGUUGUCAGAAUUUGGGAUUAGAAAUAGGAGCCAGCUUCAAGCAGAUGACUUCCUUCAGGACUACACUUUAUUGAUCAACAUCCUUCAUAGUGAAGACCUAGGAAAGGAUGUUGAAUUUGAAGUUGUUGGUGAUGCUCCAGAAAAAGUGGGACCCAAGCAAGUUGAAGAUGCUGCCAAGAGCAUAACCAAUGGCAGUGAUGACGGAGCUCAACCUUCCACAUCCACAGCACAAGAGCAAGAUGAUGUGCUCAUAGUUGAUUCAGAUGAAGACGGUCCUUCAAAUAAUGCUGACAUCAGCAGUGAAAGAAAUCGCAAGAGAAAAUUAGAUGAACUAUACAGCUGUCAAGAACAAUGA